GGGUGGCAGCCGAACACUCCGACGUCGAAAGCCGUUGCUGCCGCAGUGUCGUUGUUUGCUCGUGGUGGUCUGUAUAGAUCGUAAUAAUAUAAUAUCACAAUUAAACGUUAGAUAUUAUAUUAGACGAUACACUAUUAUAAGCUGCCCGGACGCGCGCACCGUAUACACAUUCGGCUUCGACUUCCGGUCUCCACUGCAGGACCGUUAACGAUCCACCCCCGUCGCAGAUCAUAGUCUUGUUUUCCCGACAUUUCCGGGAUAGUAAGUUUUUGGCGCGGGUCUCUCCAUCCGAUCGUUUWCGCUUCCGUUGAGCACUAAUCGCCGUGUCGAUUGCUGUAUUUUCGUACACAAUAUAGUACACGUGAUUCAGUACAUUAUAAUAAAUCGUCAACGUCAUGCACGUAAGUUCCAAGACGAUGAAGUUUGUGUUGACGGCCGUGGUCCUGGCGACGGUCGUCUGCACGGCAGCGGCAAAGUCCGCGAAAACCAGCAGAUUGGCUAAGUACACGACGCUAUGCAAGCUUUCAGACCCAAAAUUAAGCCAAUGUUUGACAAACUUAAUGAAAGAUAUUUUAAAGCAUUCUAAAUCAGGUAUACCUGAGCUUAACAUACCGGCGUUGGAACCAUUUAUCAUUCAAGAAAUUGAUUUAAAAAUAUUCCAAGGCCUAAGUACUUCACUUUUCGGUGGCAACGUUCGAGGUUCCAACAAAACUAAGGCAUUUGCACGUAAUUUAGUUGUUCAUCAUUCAUCUGAAUUUGAUAUUCACGAUCUUAAGGUGGAUAUUAAAAAGAACGAAUUUUUCAUAGACCUCUCUUUCCCAAAACUUCAAAUAGAAGGAGAAUAUGACGUAAAUUUAAUUAUGUUUAAUAUGCCAAUCAAAAGCACAGGACCUGUAUACAUAAAUGCCACUGACAUUACAGUCAAAGCUACAUUGAGCGGGAAGACAAUAAAGAGGAAGAACGAGUCUCUUUUACUGUUUGAUAAUAUUGAUAUCAAAGUUAACUUCAAAGACUACUCAAUAAUGAUUGAAAAUUUGUUUAAGAAAGAUCAAAACCUGAACAGAGCAUUGAACGAUAUGAUCAAGGGCCAAAAAGCCGAGUUAAGAAAACUAACGAUGCCGAUGAUUGAAGAACUAGCCGGAAAAAUGGUGCUCUCUAUGAUAAAUCAGAUUUUGACCGGUUUACCACUUGAGGAAAUUUUCGUGCCAGAGUAGUGUCCAGUUUUAUACUAUAUCUAAUGGUUUACCUUCGAUGUAAUUAUUCUUGGUUUAUUUCUGUUCUGUGUAUUUAAUAGCUUAAGUAGAAAAUUUUAACGAACAUAUUCGUAUAAAUGUAUCUUUUUUUUAUAAAUAAUAUAUAUCAUAUAUUGUUACCAUUUUCUGUGAUCAUAUUAAAAAUGGAAAAUUUACUAGCCCUCUAAAAAUAUUUUACGACAUUAGUAUUCAGACUUAUAAAAAACGAAAUAUUGUUGAUUUUAUAUUGUUAAUCUGGAAACAGUUGUUCGUAGGUAAAAUGUUGUGUAAGUUUUUCCACAGUGUCUAACACGAACUCUUCGAGCACCUUUUGAAUGAUCGGCCUGAGCUCCAUGAAAAACAUAAUGAAAUUUGCAUUUAUAGCCAAAUUGAGUACUUCACCUAAAAGAAAA